AAGUUUUCGCGGGCCGCGCACGCGCAUAUCGUUGUGGUACCUUUGUGUGUCGUCGGAAAAGUCUAUUGAGAGUUAAGUGACAGUGAGUGCGUCAAAAUGAUGACAAUCAGUGAGAGUCAGUUCUCGUCCAACAAGAUGUCCAGCGUCCACAAGGUGAACGACCGCGUGGUCCACCGGGACAACUUCGACGACGUCACCUCCUCCUCCAGCGUCAACAGCGCCCUCAUCACCAAGAGGGGCUUCAAGCCCUCCGACAUGUUCGACCCCCACAAGAAGGAGUUCCUCACCAACCUCAGCUAUAAGUUGUUCCCUGUAAGUUGGAAUGAUGCUGAAGUGGCACCGGUCUUCGCUCCAAAGGCCAAACUCGAAGAUAUGGAGAACAAGCCAAUAAUUGUAGGUGACAAAGAGGUGGACCUCAACAAAAUAUUCACACCGGCGCCUGAUGCUGAGGAGCAUAUUAUCAAGAAAGAUCGUAAAUUUGAAAAAACGUUCGCCUCGUCGGCUUUCUACGUCCCCGGCGUCCACCCCACGGUGAAGGAGCAGAUGGACCUCGCGCGGUCCAUCUCUAAGUCGCUCUCAGACUCCAGCAACAACAUGAGUAAGGGCCAAAGCAUGUACGUCAACAGAAAGAAACGCUCCGUCAAAUGGGUGCACGAGGGACGAGCUUCUCCAAAACCUUUCCGUAAUAAUACUGAAAGUAAGCCGAAAGUCUGCAGUGGCCCAUUGCCCACUUAUUAUGGUCGGAACACAUCGAACACAUGCUCCACACCGUCGCCAGUGGCCAACCACGACACACCCUACCGUCCGCCGUCCAGCCUGCGAAACCAGAAGACAUACCCCAAGCCUGCGCUCAAGCACACGAACCUGCCAAAAAUGGAGCCUUUCCCUCUACAGCCGCCGACAAUAUCCGUCCAGAAUGUAGAUAUCCCCGUGCCCAUUGCCCCGACCAAGCUGAACGACGUAUACGCCUCCCCGAUCAGCCCUCGCUUGCCUCUCGUCUCCGGUCCAAACUUCAACGUAGCACCACGUGGCUGGGGAGACAUGAAGGAUUACUACCGACCCGUAACCCUAGAUGGCGUCGGCAAAGUCGCAGUCGCGUGCACAGAUUUCUAAUUUUAUUUCUUAUUUUUAGGCUACGUAAUAUUAAAUUAUAACUGUUUCUGGAGUGAUGAUACUCAAUUAGUAUAGUCGAUGUUCAAUGUGAA